ACCUCCCCUGGGUAGAGGUCCAAGGACCAAAGAAAGACUGGUUUCCUGUGCAGAUUUCCCCACUAGGUACAGCAGUAACAAUGUUGCCUGUACUGUUGUCCCUGCCGUUCCUUCUGGGUCCAGCAGUCCAAGAGAUUCCAGGAGCUGGUCCUUAUUCUCUGACCUUUCUCUACAUAGGGCUGUCCAGGCCCAGUACAGCCCUCCCCAGAUUUCAAGCCACUGCAUUCCUCAAUGACCAGGCCUUCUUCCGCUACAAUAGUGACAGCAGGAGAGCAGAGCCCCUCGGACCAUGGAGACAGAUAAAAGUAAUGGAAGACUGGGAGAAGGAGAGCCAACUGCAGAAAGCCAGGGAGGAAAUCUUUCUGGAGGCCCUGAAAGACAUCAUGGACUAUUACAAGGACAGAGAAGGGUCUCACACCUUUCAGGGAAUGUUUGGUUGUGAGAUCCGGAAUAACAGAAGCAGUAGAACCAUCUGGAGAUAUGCCUACGAUGGACAGGACUUCAUCGAAUUCAACAAAGAAAUCCCAGCCUGGGUCCCCUUGCACCCAGCAGCUCAGAAAACCAAGCAGAAGUGGGAGGCAGAAAAAGCCUACCUGCAGCGGGCAAAGGCCUACCUGGAGGAGGAGUGCCCCAGGAUGCUGCAGAGGUACCUGAACUACAGCAAGGCUCACCUAGAUCGGCAAGAUUCUCCCUCUGUGUCAAUCACUGGCUACUCGGUUCCAAGAGGAAACAAGACACUCAAAUGCCUGGCCUAUGACUUCUACCCACAAGAAAUUGGUCUGCGCUGGAUCCAGGCUAGCAAAAAGCAGGAGUCUGAAUCAAGGAUACAUGUUCUUCCCAGUGGGAAUGGCACUUACCAGGCCUGGGUGGUGGUGGAAAUCUCCCCUGAGGAUAGAGGUCCCCACUACUGCCUUGUGGAGCACAGUGGACUGGCCCAGUCCCUCACGGUGCCAUGGGAGGAGAAGCAGAAAGUUGGGGUUGAAGGCAAUGUAAAGACUCAGUCUCAGUAGUCCCCCUUUCUGCCUGAUAUAGAGAAGUGAACUUUAGCAUUCAUUGCCAGUGGCCCCAGCAAGGUGCUAAGGAAGCAAUGAAAAUCUAGGUGGUGGGUUUGGAGACUGAAGACUUGAGCACCUGGCCCUGAGCUCACUCUCAGGGCCAAAUUACCUUGCCUUAUAAAACUCUCUGACAUCUAAUCUGUAAAAUCUCACUCAAAUUAAUCCCCUUGUCUACCACAGCAGAAAAGCGUAUUUCUAAACUAUGAAA